CCAGUCCUCCCAGAGCUCCUUCUUGGUCUUCCUCGUUCUUCCUCUGUAGCAACCCCUACUUCGCCAUCCUCCAUCGAGUGCAUCCGUAAAAGAUCCAACUUGGCAAAGAGCGCCUCCCUCGUCUUCUUCGAUCGGUUGCACCCAUCUGGCCACUGUAAAACAACAAAUUUAAGAGAAUGGCCGAAGUCAAUAUUGGUGAUGGAAAAGAUGGAAUCAUCACAUGUCACUAGAAUUUUUUAUUCUGAAAUUUUGAAGGAUACUUAGACGCCACUGUUUAUAACGUAGAUGUUAAGAGAAGCAAACCAAACAGUUUGAAUCUCACAUACCUUUGGCAUUGUCGUUUGGGCCACAUUAACGAGAAACGCAUAUCUAAGUUACGUCACUCUGGCGUACUUGAUUCAUUUGACCUCGAGUCUUAUGAUCAGCACACACACUCAAUCACGUACCAUCUAAGGCUGUUGAGAGCAUGCCAUACGAGCUAUGGCGUGGGACAAAACCAAAUUUGUCGUACUUGAGGAUUUGGGGUUGUGAUGUUUACGUUAGACGCCUCAUGAUGUCUGGUAAGCUGGAUUCAAUAUCUGACAGGUGUAAAUUUGUGGGAUACCCUAAGGAAUCGCAAGGGGGUAAGAGGGAGAUAGGUGAUGAGGCAGUGAGGUUCAAGAUUUGUUUUGGGCAAAAGAUUCCGGCUUUGGAUCGGGUUUGCAUUGGGUGGAGAUUGGGAGGCGUUAGGGCCAUCAGGAUAGGUCCAUUGCCUCGAGCUGCUUUGUCGUCCACGACCUCUACCCCGAGAGCCGUUGCCUCGCCCGCCGCCGCGUCCAUAGCCGUUGGGCUGUCCGAAGGAGCCGCCCUCACCAUAGCUGCCGCUGUGCUGGAGCCCGCCGCCAUGGAAGCCGCCGCUGCCACUUCCGCCGUGCUGGGAGCCGCCGCUGCCGCCGCUAGAGGACUGCCGACCGCCGCCGUUACCACCGGUCCGUUCGGCAAUGAGAGCCGUGCCACCUGCUUCGGCCAUGGGAGAGCAGAUGGUGGACAAGAUCCAUCCCUAGAGGAGAGCGUCAAGUUGGAGCCACUCAUCAUCGUCUUUAGAGGGAGGGACGAUGGAGCCAUUGAUGUAGCCUUGGAGAUUGAAUCGGCGAACCAAGAGGAGAAAAAGACGACUCCACUUUUUGUCGUUCGGUUGAGAGAGGCUGAGAAGAACCGGAACAUGGAGUUUGACAUUUGAGAUCGUCGUGAAAGCAAGAUGAGGGGUUUUUGCCGGAGUGGAGUUGGAGGCCAGCAGUAUACCCCCCUCUAACCCUCUUCCAAUUUCUCUCGCAAGCACCGCAGAUUCACUUCUCUUCAAAAUUCUGCUCCAAUUGCGAGAAGCUUCUCCCUCUUUGAUUGCUCCACACGAAUCGCGUCUCACCACCUGCUUGUUAGAGGUUUACACGCAGCGUCCAUGGCGACAAGACAUAGACCGCUUCGAACGGUAAGGAUCGGACAACAGCGACAAAUCAAUGGCAGACGGUAUUGAUAAACCCAAUGAGCUCUAGAAUUUGAAAUCCAUAGUCCCAUUUCUGUUUUCUUUCUGACCUUAUUGAAAUUAUUUUCUAGACUUCCUAUUUUAUUCGAUUUUCAAGUUACUGGGUUCAAUAUUUAGGCAGAAAAUAUUUAUGCCUCCAUCUACAGGUUGUUAACUCAACCAUGGUCACUGAUUUCUUCUGUUCUGUUCUUCAACAAAUUAUCUCAAUAAGGUUUGUUAAACAUCAAACAAGAUCUACUUGAUUAUAUGUAUUUUCUCAUUUUCAAUGU